AGCUUUUACUAUUACUUGAAUCUGUUUCUGUUCGACUAGCUACAUUAUCUGUAUCUGUAUUCUGAGGGGCACUGGACAGAUGACGCAGCCCUACCCCACCUCAUAUUUAAUUGACAUCGCUCCAAAAUGAAGGCUUCGAUGCAAGGAUGUCUUAUUUUGUGAAAUGCAUGUUGCCUUGACUCCUCUCUCCUCGUGUCUCUUCCUUGAAUCGUCCACUCACAUCUCCAGUGGGCAGGACUAAGACACAAGGAGAGUAGCCGAGGAGGGGAAUCAAACUGAGAAAUCAGAAAGCUUUCCCGUAUCUCUGUCUCAAACCAGAAUGACUCAGAGUUUUAUGAGCCCUCCCUCCUCUUCCUGCUCUCACACACAGCGAGCUCCACUCUGUCCACACAUUUCCUUGUUCCCUCCCCUUCAAAUCUACAGUUUGAAGAUGGGUGUAACCAACAUGUGGUGACAUGACAGAGCUGACAAGCUCCAUUCACUGCAGGAAGACAUGAUGUUCAGUUCAGAGCUCACACUAGUUUCACUGUUCAGGAAGUGAGAGUCAGACAGGCGUUGUCACUGAGAGGUGAAAUGGCGCAGAAAGGAGUUGAGCUGGACAGAGAAACCUUCUCUUGUUCCAUCUGUCUGGAUCUACUGAAGGAUCCGGUGACUAUUCCCUGUGGACACAGCUACUGCAUGAACUGUAUUAAAACCCACUGGGAUGGAGAGGAUGGGAAGAAAAUCUACAGCUGCCCUCAGUGUAGGCAGGGCUUCACAUCGAGGCCUGUCCUGGUGAAAAACACCAUGUUAGCAGUUUUAGUGGAGGAACUGAAGAAGACUGGACUCCAAGCUGCUCCUGCUGAUCACUGCUAUGCUGGAGCUGAAGAUGUGGCCUGUGAUGUCUGCACUGGGAGAAAACUGAAAGCCCUCAAGUCCUGUUUGGUGUGUCUGGUCUCUUUCUGUGAGAAACACCUCCAGCCUCAUUAUGAAUCCUCUGCCUUUGAAAAACACAAGCUGGUGGAGCCCUCCAAGAAGCUGCAGGAGAACAUCUGCUCUUGUCAUGAUAAGGUGAUGAAGAUGUUCUGUCGCACUGAUCAGCAGUGUAUCUGUUAUCUCUGCCCUGUGGAUGAACAUAAAGGCCACGACACAGUGUCAGCUGCAGCAGAAAGGACUGAGAAGCAGAGAGAGCUGGAGGUGUGUCGACAAAACAUCCAGCAGGGAAUCCAGGACAGAGAGAGAGAUGUGAAGCUGCUCCAACAGGAGGUGGAGGCUAUCAGUUGCUCUGCUGAUAAAGCAGUGGAGGACAGUGAGAAGAUCUUCACUGAGCUGAUCCGUCUCAUGGAGGAAAGACGCUCUGAUGUGGAGCAGCAGGUCAGAUGGCAGCAGGAAACUGAAGUGAGUCGAGUCAAAGAGCUUCAGGAGAAGCUGGAGCAGGAGAUCACUGAGCUGAAGAGGAAAGACGCUGAGCUGGAGGAGCUCUCACACACAGAGGAUCACACCCAGUUUCUACACAACUACCACUCACUGUCAGUACUCAGUGAAUCCACACACUCAUCCAGCAUCAACAUCCGUCCUCUGAGCUACUUUGAGGACGUGACAGCAGCUGUGUCAGAAGUCAGAGAUAAACUACAGGACGUUCUGAGGGAGACAUGGACAAACGUCUCACUGACAGUGACUGACGCGGAUGUGUUACUGUCAGACCCAGAGCCCAAGACCAGAGCUUGGUUCUUAAAAUAUUCACGUGAAAUCACACUGGAUCCAAACACAGCACACACACGUCUGUUAUUAUCUGAAGGGAACAGAAGAGCAACCGUAAUGACUGAAGAACAGUCUUAUCCCAGUCAUAUAAACAGAUUUACUGAAUGUUUUCAGGUCCUGAGUAGAGAGAGUCUGACUGGACGUUGUUACUGGGAGGUGAGUGGUAUGGGGAAGGAAUUUACAUAGCGGUCGCAUACAAGAGCAUCAGAAGAGCAGGGGGCUGGUAUGAAUGUAGAUUUGGACUCAAUGACAA